UUUUGGACUGUGUCACCAAAACACCUACACACACUAUUCACUGCUGCUCCUCUCUCCUUAUCCAUGGCGUCUACCUUCCUUACAUUGGCUAAACCGUUCACUUCUCACUCCACAAAUCUUCCUUCUUUCUCUCCUCAAAGACCCAUUGGUCUGAAAAGAAAUUCUUUGAGAAUUAAUGCCAUUUCCAAGAAAUGGGAACCCACAAAGGUUGUGCCGCAAGCUGAUAGAGUUUUGAUUCGGUUAGAGGAGUUGCCUGAGAAAUCUGCUGGUGGAGUUUUGCUCCCAAAAUCGGCAGUGAAGUUUGAGCGGUAUCUUAUGGGAGAAGUUCUCUCCGUUGGUGCUGAGGUUGCACAAGUAGAAACUGGAAAGAAGGUUCUUUUCUCUGACAUUAAUGCUUACGAGGUGGAUUUGGGUACUGAUGCAAGGCAUUGUUUCUGUAAGGAGAGCGAAUUGCUGGCUUUGGUUGAAUGAAGUGUCUCACAUUUGCAUUUACGUUAGGACGCUAAGUUUUGUCAGGUUCUUAGUGAAAAGACAGUAAGACUCUGGGAUGUGUCGUACAAUCUCAUCUUUUGUAGAACAAAAAUGUUGAAAUUUAUAUUUUGUGGAUCAUUUUCCUGAUUUACAGGCAGAAAUAUUGAGAUUUAAGUUAAAAUUGUCAAUUACACUAUCUAUGCCACCUCUUUUUAUCUAUUAA